AUGCAUCGUCGGUUUCUGAAUGUGAUAGCGCAGGACCUCAACACCCGCGCCAACUCGCUCUACCUCAUCGACCCCUGGAAGCACCUCUUCCGCCCGCCAUCAUCAACAGGAGGAAACGAAAGAGAAGCAGCAGAAAACACAAACCCGGAGAAGGAAAACCGAGGAGCGUCGAUGAGUCGCCUGAGGUUGCAUAAGCCCAGGUUCAGGUUCGAAUCGAACCUCCGCGCCAAGCCCACGCACUCCUUCUCGGCUCUGCUGAGAGAGAACAGCCUCCUGCUGGCGGCCGAUACCAACAGCCCAUUCCUCUACGACGUCGACCUCAACUCGGUCCAACCCAUUCACCCCAUGCAUCCUCUCAGGGGGCCCAACUGCGUCUGCUUCUCCGUGCCACCCCAAGCCGAUGAUCCCGGUGGUCACCGUCACUACUUUGGCUGUCGACCCUGCCUCUAUGUCCUCGACCUGUCGCCGCCGGCCGCCGCCGUCGGUUUCUCCUUCGAGGUCCUCAGCUACCGCUCUAACAAUCUCUUCUCCGUCUGUGAAGCUGAAAGUCUGAACCACAACUACAUCAAUUCGUUCCACUGGGAAAGGCUCCCGCCGCCGCCGUUUCUGGCCGAUGAUGGUGCCUGUGGAAGAAGAGCCGUCGACGUCGACAUCGACACGUGUUCCUCCAUGAUCGUCGAUGGCACGACCAUAUGCAUAUCCUUCGACGGCGUCGGCACCUACGCCUUCGACACGGCGACGGGGGUAUGGACUCGUGCCGGCGACUGGGCGCUGCCCUUCCACGGCAGAGCGGAGUACGUUCCGGAGCUCGGCCUCUCUUUCGCGCUGUCUGCUGAUAGCCCCGACCGCCUGUGUGCUAUGGACUGCACUGUGAUGCGCUCUGCCCGUGCCGGGCCGCUGGCAUUGCGGCAUACUUUUGAUCGUCUCGACCUGCCGGAGGAGAAGUGGUCGCCGUACAAGCGCCACCUGGUGAGCCUGGGCGCGGGCAGCUUCUGCGUCGUUUCCUUCUGUAAGGCCGUGGGGCGUGAGUUCGCCGUCCUCACCGGCGUGGAGGUGAAGCCCUGCAACAAUGGUGAUGGCCCUCUCCGGAUGACCAAGCACCUGUCUAAACGCUGGAGCCUUGGGUCUCAUAGGAUCAACUGUGUGCUUUGA